AGGAUGCGUAAAGUAUGGAUUUUCUGUUGAACGUUAGUGUAGCGCAUUUGUGUCUGGCCUUCUGCGCGGACAUCCCGCCUCACUAUCAGGACCCCAGCCAGGGAAAAUGGCGGCGCCCACCCAAAUCGCCAGGGAGUUUGAAAACUGGCUGAACGAGCGGCUGGACUCCCUCGAAGUUGACAGAGAAGUUUACGGAGCAUAUAUACUCGGAGUGCUUCAGGAAGAGGAAAACGAUGAAGAGCAAAAGGACGCUCUUCAGGGCAUCCUGUCCGCUUUUCUGGAAGAAGACACGCUUGAGGAGGUUUGCCAGCAGAUCUUAAAACAGUGGACUGAGUGCAGCAGAUCUGCAGUGAAGGGUACUCCGGGAGAUGCUGAGGUUCAGGCUAUUGCCAGUAUGAUAGAGAAGCAGGCACAGAUUGUGGUCAAACAGAAGGAGGUGUCGGAGGAAGCCAAGAAGAGGAAAGAGGCUCUACUGGCACAGUAUGCUCAUGUCACAGAUGAGGAGGAUGAAGAUGAUGAGGAAGAACCAGCUGCAGUGGGUAUACCCAGUGAAAAAUCCCCAGCCCUGUUCAAAAACACCAAUGUGGAGGAUGUUUUGAACCGCCGCAAACAGCAGCGUGACCAGGCCAGAGAGGACGCAGAGAAGAAGAAAGAGCAGGACAAGAUGCAACGCGAGAAAGACAAACUGGCCAAGCAGGAGCGCAAGGACAAAGAAAAGAAACGCACACAGAAGGGAGAACGCAAGAGAUAGAGAGAAAAUUCAGAGCAAGAAAACUUUUGUGGACUGUACGAUACCAAGGUCAUUUAUCUACAAGAGAAAAAUACAAUGAGACCUCAGCAAACAAUGCCCCAACUAACAAUGUAUGCAUCCAUAUCCUGUUUUGGGUCCGAUAGUGCUUAUGGAAUGAUAAUGUUGGGCCGAUUUCGCUGUUUUCUUGGCUUGUAAAAAAACUAAUGGCAAACCAGCAAACUGAAUGAGAAUUGUAUCAUGACCCAUUGAUUUUUACAUGUGCUGACUGUUGUGCUACUUAUUUAAGGGUAAAUCUCACACACCCUGUCAAAAACAUGUUCAGGUUGCAUUUCAACCCAAAAAUCAUAAUUCAUAUUUUGGUUAAAAUAGUCAUUUCUGUGUUACAUGAAUAUUUAAAUUGUAAAGUAUAAUGUGGCUAUGCAAAAUAUCUUCAUAAUCCUAAAACAAGUUUUAUUUGCGUUUUGGUGCGUGUAUAUAAAUAUAUAUGAAGAGUUCAGAUGCAAAACCCUCUAAGUGCCAUCUAAAAUUUUCU